AUGAGGGAUAUUCUGGGACGACCAUUGUUCAAAUUCUUCCGUUCAUCAACAACGACCACUGCGCCAUCAUCCUCCUCCACUGAGUACCAUCAAUUAAAGGAGGACAAAGACGAUGAAAGAAAACAGCAGCAAAUUAUUCAAAACACAUCCCUGAACCGACACACUGAUCCCAUACGCAUACCUAAACCCAGAAAGGAAAAAACUUCAAAUGAUUAUACCUUCUGUGAAGGAUCUUAUGAUAAUGAAUACAUGCUAGUGGAUAUCAACCAAAGGUUAUGCAAGAGCGUUGAUAUGGAAAAACGUCCUCAUGAAGGAAACAUUGAUCAACUAGAUCGAGUACCAGUUGAUUUUUCCGCCCCAUCAGGUCCAACAAUUAUAACUGAUCCGGAAGAAGUUGAGGAGAUAUUAAAGUGCGGCGAAUCUAGGGCGAUUUAUAAGGUCCAUUCCAAAAUUUACGGCCUUGCAUCUUAUUCCGUCUAUCGCGCUGAACGUUGGUUCCAUCACAGUGCUGAUAAGAGUAAAGUGGAGCGAAUGUUGCAAAGGACUGGAGGAGAGGAUGGCUCUUUUUUGGUACGCGUCAAUCAGCGGAACUGCUUGAUACUCACCAUGUGUCAUCACCAAAAGAUUUAUAACAUUUAUAUCAAUGUUAAAGUUGAAGGACAUAAAACAACAUUUUUCAUUGAAACACUUCAUCAAUUUCCCAAUCUGAUAGACUUGAUUAAGUAUUAUGCUGAUCAUCAAGGACUAUUGCUACCAUGUAAACUCACUAGAGGAGUCGCGCUUAGAUGGCCUGAUUGCACAAAGCGAGGUAUAACAAAUCGACUGUGUGUUGAGGAAGAUUAUUAA